UUAAAGCAUUUAGUGUCAUUGACAUAAAUGCACCCAGCUUCACCUUCACUGUUAGAAAUUUUCACAAAAUUUGGAAUGAAUAAAUGAAAAAGGACAAAGAAGUGUGAAUGGGGAAGAGGACUAUGGCUUGUAGAGUGAGCAACAGUGAAGCUUGGUGGGAAGGUGGGGGAGUGGUUUCUAGGCAGAUGCCUGUGAAUUUGAGAAGAGAUACGUGAAUGCGAAAGAGCCAAAGGCCAAAACAGGGUGCGUGGUGUCAUGUUGUGAUUGGAAAGCCAACCUCACGUCCAUUGACGCGUAUUGGGAAGACGUUAUACAAGGAAAGAGCGCUUACGCGCUUUGGCCUCACAUCACAUUAUAUAGGAAACACAUACCGAUUGAUGAUGGCGGGGUAAAAGCUAAAAAUAAAGAAACAAAGAAACAAAGAAAGAAAAAGCAAGGGAGAAAAAGAGUUAAAGGCAAAAAGAAGAGGAGAAGGAGGAGGAGGAAGAAUCGAAGUUUGAUUGGACUGUGUGUAUUAAACAACAAAGGGAAAAGGGGAAAAGGGUUAGCGAGGAAUUGGAAGAUGGGAGCGGUAUCCAUGGAGUCAUUACCACUGGGAUUCAGAUUCAGGCCCACCGACGAGGAGCUCAUCAACCACUACUUGAAGUUGAAGAUCGAAGGGCGUCAUUCGGAGGUGGAGGUUAUUCGGGAACUUGAUGUUUGCAAAUGGGAGCCUUGGGAUUUGCCUGGCCUCUCCAUGAUCAAGGCAGAUGAUCCGGAGUGGUUCUUCUUCUGCCCUCGUGAUAGGAAGUACCCAAACGGCCGUCGUUCCAACCGGGCCACCGACGCCGGUUACUGGAAAGCUACUGGCAAGGACCGUACCAUUAAGUCUCGCAAGUCUUCCGCUUCGAUUGGCAUGAAGAAGACCCUUGUUUUCUAUAAGGGCCGUGCUCCCAAGGGUCAGCGCACCAACUGGAUCUUCCAUGAGUACCGUGUCAUCGACUCUGCUUCUGAUUCUUCCCAGGGUGCCUAUGUUCUGUUUCGUUUGUUCUACAAGCCAAAUGAGAGGAUUGAUAAUCCAAAGUAUGAUGAAGUAGAGCCUACGGGCUUGUCUCCUGUGACAACCAAGUCUUCUCCAGGUGACACAUCAUCAGAUCUUGUUCAAGAAACAGAAAUGUCAGAUACACCGACUGGGGGGGAAUCAGAAAAUAUUGAGAGAUGGCUGAAUGAUAAAUCAGACAAUGUCACUCCUACUGCUCCUGUACCUGUUGAGAGCUGCUGCAAUGGCUACAUACCUUCUGAUGUGGAAGACCAUGUAGCAGAAGUAGAAGAACAAGUUUCAGAGGUUUAUCCACCGCUGGGAGAAGAUUCAAGGUCGUAUGAUGGUCAAAUAGAUUGCAAGGUUUUCUCUCCAGAAUCGCAGCUUUACCCAGAGCUAGCCACAGCCUACAUGAGUUCACCUUUUUCCAGUGACUUUGGUGAUGGUCAGACUGGAUUGCGUUUUCAGGAUGGGGCUAGUGAGCCGGAGGUAUGCCUCACAGAGUUUUGGGAUGAAAUCUUCAAUAACCAUGAUGAAUGCUCUGGCGAAGAGUCCAACAGUCAGAAGAACUCAGCUGUUGGAAGUGAGACCCUGGUGCCCGGUCAAGUUUCUCUGUUACCUAAUAGACCACAUGGAGACUCUCAUACUAAAAAUGGUGGAUCAAACAGUGACACUGACACUGAUAUGGCUCAAAUGCAGUAUGAUCCGGAAAUGAGAGCUUCCAAGUGGUCCGAUGAGUAUAUUGUUGGCAAGGAUCACUUGCAAAUGGAUGUAUCUCCUGGAUAUCACCAACCUCAAGCGUCAUUCCAUUUCCCAGAAUUCAAAAGUGGUAACAUUGGUGCUCUUGGGGAUGAUUCUAUUGGACGAGAUGCUUCAUCUGCUGUUUCUGCUAUGGCUUCAUUAGAUGCUUUACUCAAUAAUCUGGAGGAAUCAUCUACUCAGAAGAAUCAUGUUAAUUAUGGUGGUGAUCCUGUUGGUGGAACUGGAAUCAAGAUCAGAACCCGCCAGCCACUACAACGACAAAUGCCUGACAACUUUGUAACACAGGGCAUUGCUCCUAGAAGAAUCCGCUUGCAGGUGCACAAAGUGAUGUAUGCAAGCAGCAAUGACGAACAAGAAGCCCAGCCAACUCUCAAGGAGGUUGGAGAAGGCAGAGAACAUCCUCCUACAUCUGACGGCCCAGAGAAAGAGUGCUGCCUUUCUGACAGUAUCGUUGGGGCAACCAGUAGAGGAUUAAAACUGAGAUUGAGGGUGAACAGGGAUGGUGAAUCUGAAGGUGAAUCUGACAACUUCCAGGUGAAGCCAUCAGCAUUUUUGGAGACAGUCCCUGCACGCCGUGGCCCAAGUACCUUGUUAGUAUGUACAGUCAGCUUAUCUCUAGUUAUAACCCUGUUCCUAUUCUUAACAGGGACCUGGAGAUACCUUAGGUCUUACAUGUUGCAUGGAUAAGACUACACACUGUAUAUGUCUGGAUGGUCUUAUACAAUGAUAGUUUUGCAGGUGGUCUUCAUAGCUUAGGGUAUUUCUUUUUUUCCUUUCGGUAAUACGAACAGCCCUCCUUUUGUACAUCCUGGUCUAGUUGUGCUUAGUUUUGUAAUUUAAAAGUGGGAACCAAUGUAGUAACAGAUCACUUCUACUUUUA